GUUCGUGUCCAACACUUUCGCUUCGUUAGAGCGUAUCUCUCUAUACAUUCACCGUCCAACCCCCGCCCUUCUCCAAAAUUUAGAUGAAAGGGUUUAGGAUGUUGGGUGACGCUCUGAAUCACGUGUUCAUAGGAAAUACACUCCGUAUAAUUUUUGGCUACCUCGUCCUGCCGCCGAGCAUAGUUGUUUUCUGUCCAUACAGUGUGCGAGGAGAGGUAAUGUACCUUGCUGUGGUCACUGUCGGACGGGUUCACGCCAGUUGAUCGGGUUCAACUGAGGAGAGGACCCACCCCCCUCCUCUCAAAGCGCAACGAACGGAGCUAAUCUAAUAUUAUUAAUUUCUAUAUUAAUGUCGUAUUCCAUUUUACCCCGGUCGAACUAUCAAGGUUCCCAGUGAACUGCUAAAACAGCUGUCUAACCCUAACUCAUCGUGUGAGAGGAGUCCCAGAAGCUGAGGGCAAACAUGAAGCAACACUGUGAAGUCAUCGCGGCCGGCCCAUGACACUUAAACUCUCAGCCCUAUCCACAAACCACUCGCCCUCCGUUACCAUACGGGACAACCAGUCAGUCACCCAUCAUCUGCACACAGCUACUUUACAAUGGCCAGCAAGAGGAAGUCAACAGUGCCCUGUAUGAUCACAUCCAAAAGCAAACACAUGCGUGAGGAGAUCAUACUUGGCUGCCUUCCUGAGCUCCUACCCACAAUCCCAGAGGACAGCAUCCUCAGUAUAUCUGGAGAAGACAGAGGCCAUUUCUCCCAUGAUUCCUCCAGACCUGAAAGGGGCGACAAAUGGCAGAAAGGUAGCACAUACAGCUGCCCACCCUGCCGCUUUGAGUCCAGAGAGCUGAACUACUUUUUGGACCACCUGCACAACUGCCACAUAGACUUCAGGGCCCAACCCAGCUUCUCCUGCCUGAACUGUGGCGUGUCAGUGGUCAGGUUUGAGGCCCUGGCUCUGCACAAUGCUAAAGCCCACCCUGGGGUGUCAGGGGGCUCUGUCUACGCUUCCCUGCAUGUCAGGAAGAGAGAUGGUGCGACCACCGUAGAGCAGAGCCUGUUCACGACCAAUGGGGAGGACUCGCGCGAGACUGCAAUCUUCCUCACUAAAACACCUAUAGUGAGGGUGAUGAAGGCCAAGGGAGAGCACAAGAAGAUUGUGGUCUCCCACACGGUGGAGGUGCGGAGGAUAGACACUGGGAAGAAAAUGGAGCGGACAGACCCCACCAUGUUGACGAAUGUGCCUGAACUACAAAAUGGGUCUCUCAGUGGGACCGGUGGUGCUGCUAUGUUGAGAAACCCUGUCACUCAUGUGAUAACAACAGUGCCCAAUCAAACCUAUCACCAGCACAGCUCUCCCACCUUCUCCUCCUCGGAUUCCAGCAAAAACCUUCCAAAGGUGAUGAUUCCCCUGAGCAGCAUCCCCACUUAUGAUGCUGCCAUGGACACCAGUAGCUUUCUCAAGACUUCCUUUGGUAAGUUCCCCUACCCGACCAAAGCUGAGCUCUGCUACCUGACUGUGGUCUCUGAUUGGCCAGAGGAGCAGAUCAAACUGUGGUUCACUGCCCAGAGACUCAAACAGGGGAUCAGCUGGUCCCCCGAGGAGAUAGAGGAGGCCAGGAGGAAGAUGUUCAACACGGUCUUCCAAGGAGCAGCACCCCAAAAACAGCCCCCCAAGCAACGGCACACAAAUCACAUUGUGACCCAUCACACUGUCCAUGCCCAGCCUGCUCCAGUGGGCCCCAGCCACCAGGCUGCCAAGGUGACCCAUGGCAGUGUAGUGAGCAGGCAUACUGGAGUCAUAUCCACUUCGGCUAGCAUGUCAGCCGCUGGUCACCCGGUCACCACUAGGGUCUCUUAUGCUACCCCAACCAUGAUCCCCCCAAAAUAUCAGACUGUAGUCAGCAGAACAACACAGGUAGUGGCCAGGAACACUAUCCCCACUACUGUGGCCAGCCAGGAGUCUGACAAGACUGUUGCUCUGAGGCUGGGCAACAGUUGUGUCAUUAGCACCAGCGGCAGAAGCAGCAGUAACAGUAGUAGUUGCAGUAGCAGCAGCAGUAACAGUAGUAGUUGCAGUAGUAGCAGCAGCAUCAGUAGUAACUCCUCCAUCAGUAGUAACAGCAGGGACCAUGGCACUAGGAAACCAAUGAACAACAUCAGUUCCAGCAACAGCAUUGUCAGUUGCUCCUCCAACAUUGGCAACAAAGAUGACUGUAGCACUGACAGCCAUGACAAACCAAACAAUCAAAGCAGCAGACAUAUUAGCAUUGCAUCUGUCUUGGACGGCUUCAGCAACAGCAGCAACAAAGGUAAAGUGAUCAUGAGUAACACCAGCAAAUCUAACGUUAUCGCCUAUAACAUUCAUAGCAAUGGCAACACAGCUAACCAGGAUCAGUACACAUCAACAAAGAACGAUGAUGACAGUAACAACAACAAUAUCCACAAGUCCAACAAUGGCAAUUUUAGCAGUGGCUACUCCAGCACUAGAAAUAAUGAUAGUGUCAACAACCUGAACCUUGCCAGCAAAGCCCAAAACGAAAACACCAGCAUCAGUGUCAUUACCAAAAGCAGCAGUAGCAGCAACAGCAUAUCUAUCAUUAAGGAUGGCAAAUGCAUCAAGGAGGUUCCUAUGAAAGCUAUAUCAGUCUUGCGGCAGCUUAUCAAAGAGGAAGACCAUUUUGGGGACGACAGAACCUGCCCUGAACUAAAAGUUGACCCCAUCAAGAUCAACCUGCAGAGGCUCAUGGUGAGCGAUCCAGCUGCCAAACCUGGUUCAGAGGCCUUCCCUCCAGAGCUCAAGUCUGAGACACAUGUCUCAGACCUGUCACACCCAUCCAAGAAAAGCCCCCAGCAGGUACACCUUUUGAGGCUGGCAUUCACCAGCACACGGUGGCCCAGCAGCCAGCAGUAUGAGGAGCUGAGUAUCAUGACGGGCCUGCCAAAUCCAGAGGUGGUCCGCUGGUUCAGCGACAGCCGCUACAUCCACCAGAACGGCCAACUGAAAUGGCUGGAGGGCUACCAGUGCCUACCUGUAGAGGGAGAGGAGGGAAAGGGCCACAGAGACUCUGAAGCACUGAUCAAUCCCCAGGAGGUUAAUAGGAAACUAGUGGAGCAGGAGGUGAACAAGCAGCUUAAUGAAGGACCUAAGGAGCUCCACUCAGGGCAGCUGGGAUUCUGGUGGGGCGCAGACACACAGAAGCCACUGCUGAGUCCAACAGAGCCAGAGGAGACUGGGGAGAGAGGGAGAGCUGUGGAGACAGAAGGACUACAUGGUCACUGGGCAGAGAGGGAGGAUGACCACCCUCAGCCGGUUAGCAGCCAGGCCUUUGGGGAGAAGCAGGCAGAGGCCAGGGAUCGUCUGAGGAUAGAGCUGCUUGAAGUCUGAUGGAGUGGCCCAAACGUACUAGGGGUAAAGGAUGGGUUGGCUGUCCGGCUUUACAGAUGGCCAUGGUCUGGUGUGUUCAUUAUGACAGCAGAUGUGAUUGUAGCUGGACCGUUGGACUGUAACUGUGAAUACCCCCAUCACUUCCUGCCAUCCUCUAAAGAAAGAACUUCUCACCUUUUGAGUCCUGUGAUGUUCAGGCCUUUCUUCAUUCUUCUUUGUGGUCGUGUGGGGAAUGGGAUGGUGCACAUAGAGGGUGGUAAGCCAGAUGAGACAGAGAGAAGACUAACACUGACUGGACAACUGACUUGAAUGAGGGAAGAUGGGAGAGGGAUAAAGAGAUACUGUUUAGGGAAAGGGAGAUGUAUAUGAUUGAAACUGCACUAAAGAGGGGUUUUGUUGACUGGACAAAAUGAGCAGUGUCUAGGAGAUGUUAUUGUUGGCUUUGAUAUUUGUAACUUUUUUUUUUAGCAACCAGUACUUCAGCACUGCCUUGAAUUUUACUUUCCUCCGUUAAUUGGUUUUUCAAUUUUACUUACUCUUCUUCUAUAGUCACUGUAAGUCCAGAAAUAAUUGAGCCUCUAGUUUUAUUUAUCUCUGUAUAAAUGUUGGUGAUCACUCAACAGUUCAGCUACAGCAGCGUUUCCCAAACUUGGUCCUCGGGAGCACAUUUUGUUUUUUGCCCGAACACUACACAGCUGAUUCAAAUGAU